AUGUACCGCAAGCUCUAUACACUCAACAAGGAGAUCCGACUGGUCGAGCUAGAGCCAUCCGAAUUUGAUACAGACCCUGUCAGUUUUGUCCUGAGAUACACCCCGUUGGCAGACAAAGAAGGUCGACUCAAGUUCAGUGCCCUCUCGUAUUGCUGGGGUAGUGCCAAAGACCCACAAACAGUCAUGAUUCGCAAUGGGAAAGACAGCAUGAAUAUUCUUGCGCCUGUCACUAUGUCGGUAAAUCGGAACCUGUACUCUGCUUUGAAGAAGCUUCGGCGUCGUCAAGAGUCGCAUCUUCUCUGGAUCGACUUGCUUUGUAUCAAGCAAAACGACUUGCCAGAACGAGCCCAGCAAGUCGAACUAAUGGGCGAGAUCUACUCCUCGGCCCAUAGGGUAUACGUCUGGCUCGGUGAAGGGACGCAGUGGGCUCAAGAAGACUGCCAGAAAAUCCAGGGCCUCGAUAUGGAGGCCACCGAACCCCGGGAUAAGAUCUUUGCUCUUCUCACCUUCGGCGAGGAAACACGCGAUAUCUCGCAGCUCCACCAACACGCUCGCCCCAACUACGAAAAUCAACGGCUCGACAUCUUGUCUGCUGUACACGCUCAGCCCUGGCCUACGUGGAUUGACCUGUCAACGCAUGGAGCUGCUGCUGCUGCUCCGCGCGAAAUCGACUACGCGGAGAAACCAUCCUGGUCCUUCUGGUACGAAGGGCGUAGCGAAUGGAGCUUGGGAACCCUAGGUUUGUUCAACAACCGCGGCUGUGGAUUCUGCGCCUCGGGGGCUACCAAGGCCAAUGUGGAUCUUGAAUUCACCAGUCCAACGACACCUCCAGGCAUGCUAGCUUUGAAAGGCUUUCGCAUCGACAUUCUCCAGCACAAGGCAUACUACCCCUUCCCCAACCCUUACUCCUCCACCACCCCGAAAUUCAGGCCGUUUGCAAAUUCGAGGCGGAUGCAGGCCGUCUACGAGGCCGUCUUUGAUCCCGCAAGCGUUCUCAACAUGUGGGAAAUGACCAAGCUGAACUGGAAACACCCUCUGGCUGCCAAAGAGAAGAGGGAUGACGCAAAAUAUUACACGAGGUGCGGCUGGCAUCUCACUUCUCAUGGGUUUUAUAAUAAGUGUGAUUCUGGAGAUGAAGAGUCUUCUUCUUCUGCAUGGGAAGUGGGAGAUGGAGAUGAGGAUGGCGCGGAAGCAAAUGCCUCGCGAUCAUACUGCUGCUUCCCAUGCCACGGCAAAUGCCUGUUUAGGACAGAGGGAGAUAAGGUUGGACUCUGUCCAGCGGUCGCCAAAAAGGCGAUGUUAUCGUUAUCCUGUAUGGUGGGGAACGUACCGUAUUUGCUGAGGCCAACAAACAGCAACAACACAGCUGAGGAGAGUUUCUAUCUGGUGGGUGAGUGUUAUCUCGAUGGCUUCAUGAAUGGGGAGGCCAUGGAACUACUUCGGGACGAGGCUUCAGGUGGUGUGAGGGAAGAGAUAUUCCUCCUGUCUGACCUUCUUUAUUAA